AUGAUCUCCUCCGUCACGCGCUCCCUCCUCCGCGCACCCGUCGUCGCUCGGUCAAAUGUCCUCAUUCGCCCAGUGGCCAUGACGUCACUGCGACGAUACGCCGCCGCCGAGAAUGCGCCGCACGCACACGAGUCUGAAUCCUUUGACGCCUUCAACGAGCGGUACCGCACCUUUUUCGCAUCCUGCACCGACCUCUUUGAGCUCCAGCGGGGGCUCAACAACUGCUUUGCGUACGAUCUCGUCCCUACUACGGAAGUCAUCGAUGCGGCUCUCCGGGCGGCGCGCAAGUGUAAUGACUACGCUACGGCGGUGCGGAUCCUGGAGGGCGUCAAGGAGAAGGUGGAGAACAAGGGACAGUACAAGGCUUACCUUGAGGAGUUGAGCCCGGUUAUCAAGGAGUUGGGCAUUGCUAGCAAGGAGGAGCUCUACGGUACCAAGCUCUAG